AAAAUUAUCUUUCAUGGUUUCAUAGCCAAUUUUUCUUCCUUCUCUUAUAGCUUUCAUCUUCUUAAAUUUUUGAUUUCGAUAUGGCCGUACAAGGUGAAGAUCAAAGUGUAGCUAGUUCGAGAUGGACAUCGGAACAAGACGUUUAAUUGUGCAAAUCUUGAAAAUUUGUUAGCCAAAAUCCAGUUUCGGGCAAAGAUCGAAAGAAACCCAAUCUAUGGGAGAACGUUCGGCAACACUAUGCCGCAAAUUGGAAUGGACAUGUCCGAUCAAGUUCUGCUUUUUUAGGGAGGUGGAAAAUUCUGAAGUUCAAACUCUUUGAGUGCCAUUGUGGAUUAAGCCAGGCUCGUAAUUGGAACAAGAGCAGUUCGAAUGCGGUUGAUGAGUUCAAUAAAGCACAAAAAUUAUGGCAUGAUGGGAUAAAGAAAACGGGGAAGUCAAAAAGGUUUGAUUUUUAGAGUUUAGAUUGCUACCAGGUAGUGAUGGGCUUUGCAUAAUUAAGGGACAACCCUAGCCAUACGGUCUCGACUGGAGGAAUCCAACAUUAGCAGGAGAAGGUCAACAGAUGCACACACAACCAUCUGUUGAUGAUACUCACAUCAAUAUGGACAAAGAUGCAGAUGAGGUAACUGCUGAUGUAACUCCAAAUCCUUCGAUGAGGCAUCAAAGAAGGAAGGCUAUGAAAGAAGCUAUUCGAAGAAAAGGAAAGACCAAGGAGAUUAUAGCUAUCAACCAAAAAGAACUGUCGGCCAAGGAAAAACGCGAUGAGGAAUUUGUUCAACAUCUGCAAGACCAACAACAACAACUAGAGUAUAUACGCUUGCAAAUGGAUAUGCAAAAUGAGGCAUUUAAAAUUCAAGAGAGGGAAGACCGAAUUAUGGAGAGGGAAGAGCGAAUUAUGGAGAUGGAUACAAGUAAAAUGACACCAACCAAAAAGAAAUAUUGGCAAAGAAAGCAAAAGAAGAUAGCAGAGAGAGAAGAUGAUGAUAGCGGUAGGUCAAACUUUCAAACACAUUUUCUUGGAUACCCACAACCACAUUUCACCGGUGGUUACCAUCCACAACCACCUUUUGCCGGUGCAUUCACACAAUCACCUUUAACCGGUAGACUCCAACAACCACAUUUCACCGGUGGUUACUAUCCACAGCCACAUUUCAUCGGUGCAUUCCCACAGCCACCUUUAACCGGUGGAUUCCCACCACCAACUUUAACCGGUGGUUACUAUCCGCAACCACCUUUCCUUCCUCAACCCCACCUUUCACAUUUCUCUACGGAUGAAUCCACCAACUUGAACCCAAAUGAUGACCAUUCGAGCACAAAUUGAAUUUCUAAUGACGAUGAUGAUUAAGAUAAUUAGGGAGUUAUGUAUUUCAAAUAAUUCUAUUGUUCUUAUUCCUAUGCCUGGCUUGGUAAUUUUGUAAUAUAAGUGUCAUGAAAUAAAUUUUUUAUUUGAAUAAGUCAUACUAUUUGGGUACAUUGAAAGGAAGAUGGUAGCAA